AUGCUUCACUUGGAUGAUCAGUCCUCUCUCAUCCAAGCAUCUGUAUAUGUCCAUCACCUAAACACAUUCCGGGAACUUCUAAGGGAGGGAGAUAUGUUCGAGCUUAGUGGAUUCGAUGUGAUGAGAAGCAACAAUCAUUUCAAGCUUUGUAAUUCCGUAGUAGCCAUCUGUCUUAACAAGUUUAGAAAGAUGGUUCAAGUGCCUGAUGUUGCUAAUCAAUCUCUACUGAGAUGUUCAGAUUCCGCACUGUUUAGCAACUCAUGUCUUUAG